AUGAUCAUGUUCAAUGUAUUCUAUUACUUGGGACACAGGCAUUUAGUUUACUUCAAUUCGUUUAUAUUUUACUUUAGGCAGUUAGAUCGGAAAUCUUUAGCAACGUGCUGGACUCAGACGGAUAACAUUGCUCCACCUAGUGAUGACGCCAUAACAUUGCCCAAGUUGAAUCACGAAGAGCUCGAGUCUUUCUUUGAACUCCUCUAUAGUGGUGACUUGACUGAAGAAAGGAUGAGCAAGCAUGUCUACUCAUUAUCUCUUGCAGCUGAUAAGUACGGAAUAUCAUACUUGCAGAAGCUCUGUGAACGCCACAUGCACAAGUCUUUGAGUUCGUCCAAUGCUCUUGAUGUCUUAGAGGUUGCGGAUACUUGUUCUUUUCUAAUGUUGAAGGAGAAAGCCUUGAACUACAUUGUCAAAAACAUGCAAGAGAUCAUAUUUUCUGCCGAGUAUGAUACAUUUGCACUUAAGAAUCCGCAUUUAAGCGUGCAAAUUACAAGAGCAUCAUUGAUGGAUGCUAAAAGAAAUUGCGCGGACUAGUGUAUUAUU